AUGGUGCGAUAUAUCACCAGCUUUGCCCAUAUUGCCGCACUGCUGCGACAGCUAACAAAGUCAACGUCAGCCUUCCAGUGGGGACCUAUAGAACAGGAAGCUUUCGAUAGCUUGAAGAGCAGUUUGACGGAGCAGACAGCCCUUUCGUACUUUGUUCCUGAUAGACCGAUAAGAAUCUAUGUAGAUGCUGGAAAGAAAACAGAGAAAUCGAGCAACGUUCCUGUGCCAUUUUAUGCCAGCAAGAUGACGAGGGACAGUGUAAAAUGUGUCACGUAGUCAACCGUGCUCUAACUGACGUUGAUAUAAGAUACGGACAGACUGAGUUAGAAGCAGCUGCGAUCAAGUUUGCUUGUGAUGAUUCCCUUCGUAAAUACUUGGUUGGAGCGCCAAAGUUUGAAAUCAUCACGGAUUGCAAGCCACUUGUGCAUCUCUUCAACAAUCCAACCUCAAGAACACCACUGCGUAUCGAGCGACAAAUUCUCGCCAUUCAAGGUUUAGACUAGGUAAAGUAUCAGAAAGGAGCUGAGAACAUCACGGAUUAUGGAUUAAGACACCUGUUGAGAAGACAUGAUAAUGUUCCCAUUGUGAACUCCGUCAACGAGUUAGAAGAAGGAUUACGAAUUUUUGUCUCUGAUAACAACGAGUACUUUUCCAGAAUGGCAAAAGACGACAAUGAUUACCAAUUCCUAAAAGAAGUAAUUCAAAGCAACUCUGGAAGAUACAUGGAAAAGAUCCAAGGAUUUCAAGAUUCCUCGCACAGUAGCUUCCGACUUAUCUGUUAUUGUAGGAAUCAUCCUGUGUAA